AUGGCAGCAUAUAUUAACAUAUCAGAUAUAGUAUCACAUUCUUUCCCCGCUACUUCUUCCCGCACAAUCGUCACGCACAUCACUCGACCGUUCACUGCUCCCAAAUCUACCCGCAGUCAGGCUAGUUUGCAGCCUCAGCAGUCCGCUCCAGCAGGACAAGCUGAUUCUCUCCCACUCACUAAUCUACCAUAUUUUAUCCGCCGAACCCCCUCGAACCAACUACCCAUUUAUCUCGUUACCAAGGCCGGCGGAACCAAGCAGGAGACUCGACUCCGUAAGACGGAAGGAGACCUUAAUGCUCUUCGAGAUGAUUUGGUGAAAUACCUUGGCCUUGAAUCUAAGCCAUCAGAGGUAUAUAUCAACCAGACAAACGGACACAUUACAGUAAAGGUACGCUGUUUUCCCUUUACUCACGACAGAACUGGAUCAUGUCUAACGGUGUUGGUCUCUAGGGAUGGCGAAAGCCAGAAGUUACGCAAUUCCUCCUUGAUCGACGAUUCUGAACGAGAAAAAUCUCCUCUCUUUUUCCUGUCCAAAAUGUAUUAUUCCAUACCACUUCUUCUUCAAAACGGCGUUUAG